AUGAAUAUUAUACGAACAAAAAAGGCAUACAAAGCAAUUUGCAGUCUGGCUGUACACAUGGGAGCUACACUCCAGAGCUCUGGAAAUGUCACAAAUCCUGAGAGCGUUCAAUGUCCCAAUCCACUUGGAGAUCCUGGAACUGGGGAGACAGUAUGUUCUCUACCCUACAGCUUUGAAGAGUAUUCUGAGAAUGAAACAGAAAUAUCUAUAUCUUUCAAAGGCAUUACAUCUAUUGACAGCAAUAUUAAGAGACUAUUAAAGCUAGAGAAGCUGGAUCUCCGUAGUAACGACAUCGAGAUAUUGCCAGCUGAAAUAGGUGAACUGGAGAAUUUACAGUGCUUAAAUCUUAAUAGUAACAAGCUUGAGACAUUACCGGCUGUAAUAUGGGAGCUGAAGAAUCUACAAGAAUUGCUUCUUAGUGAUAACAAUAUCGACACACUACCACCUAAGAUAGUAAAUCUGAAGAAUCUACAAUACCUGGAUCUCAAUAAUAACAAACUUACGACAUUGCCAGUUGAGAUAGGAAGUCUGAAGAAUUUAAGGGUACUGUAUCUCAGUUACAACAGGCUCGAGACACUACCAGUUGAGAUAAGUAAGUUAUCAAAAUCUUUGGAGUUAUUAGAUUUGACGGGUAAUAAUAUUUCAGAGGAAGGAGAAAGGGAAAAGACUCUAGGUAAAAAAGAACUGAGAGCGAUAUUUGAAGAUCGUGUUGAAUUCAAUGGGGAUGUCUUAUAA